AUGAUUAAGUUCUCAUUUGCAAUGCUAGCAUUUAUUUCCAUUAUUUCUGUGGCUAAAAUAGCAACUUCUCCAGUCCUAAAGAACUCACCUUUUAACAUAUUUGAAACUAAAGCAUCAAAUGCUAAGCGUGAUCCAAUUAUCGAUAUAACUUUUGGGGCUAUGGCAGGAUUAGGUUAUGGAGCAGAUGUAUUUCUAGAUGAUUGCUCUUAAGCUGGACUAGAGAUGGUUGCUAGCGCUUUUAUGGCUUAUAACUGGAUCUCAAAUGAUGUGUAUACUCUGCCUGAAAAGAUAAUUGGACCAAUUCCUGAUAUUACUUAAAUUGGUUUACAAACAGUAUAUAUGUUUAGAUGCAUUACUGGAAGGUCAAUAACUGAAGUUUCUAACUAUGUUGCCAUCAAUAAAGUUGUUCAGUCCAUUUUUGGAAUAUAUUAAGCCACUUUCUCAUUUAUUCCAAGUGAUUAGAGAUUCGAUUUAUUCAUAGGAACAUUUUCAGCUUUAAAGAUGCUAUUUGCUUCACUCGAUACAAUUAAAUAUUUCAAAAUUAAAGGAUGGGAUAUCAAUGGCUGA